GUGACAUUCGAAGAUGUGGCUGUGGUUUUCACAGAUGAAGAGUGGCAGCAUUUGGUCCCUGUUCAGAGGGACCUCUACAAGGAGGUGAUGCUGGAGAACUAUAAAAGUAUCAUCUCACUGGGACUUCCAGUUCCUCGACCUGAUGUGAUUUUUCAGUUGAAGAGAGAGGAGGAGCCAUGGAUAGUAGAUCUUCAUGGAUCAGAGGAGAGAGAAAGUAUCUUUCUAGACUGUGAGACUAAGCCUGAAAUUCAAGAUGUUUCAGAAGAAGAAAAUUCAGAAGCAGCAUUGAGGGAAGGACUUGGAAGGCAAAGUCUUCUGUGUCCCAAAUUUGAAGAUCAUGUACCAGAGUGGGGGUUGGAAGCAGAGAAGGAAAACCCUGCAGUUGCAACUUGCAAGAAAUCUCUUUCCCAGGAGAAAAGCUUACAGCAAGGGUCAGCCUCACCCAAGAAAAUUCUCACUAAAGAAAAGCACCAGGAAUGCAGUGACUGUGGGAAGACAUUUUGUGACCAUUCCUCCCUUAUCCGCCAUCAGAGGGCUCACACUGGAGAGAAGCCCUAUGACUGUCAUGAGUGUGGGAAAGCGUUCAGUCACAAGAGCAGUCUCACCAGGCAUCUGAUGUGUCACACUGGAGAGAGCCCCUAUGAAUGUAGCACAUGUGGGAAGGCCUUCUAUGACCGUUCAUCCCUAACUGUGCAUCAGCGAAUUCAUACUGGAGAGAAGCCCUUUAAAUGCAAUGAGUGUGGAAAAGCCUUCUUUGACCGCUCUUCCCUUACACGACAUCAGAGAAUUCACACUGGAGAAAGCCCUUAUGAGUGCGAUCAAUGUGGAAAAGCCUUUAGCCAGAAAAGUAUUCUGACUCGCCAUCAGCUAAUCCAUACUGGCAGGAAGCCCUAUGAAUGUAAUGAGUGUGGGAAAGCCUUCUAUGGUGUCUCCUCACUGAACAGACACCAGAAGGCUCAUGCUGGGGAGCCUCGCUACCGGUGUAUUAUGUGUGGCAAAGCUUUCUUUGACCGUUCAUCCCUCACACAACAUCAGAAGAUCCAUACUGGAGAGAAGCCAUAUGAAUGCAGCGAAUGUGGGAAAGCCUUUAGUCAGAGAUGCCGUCUCACACGGCAUCAGAGAGUUCAUACAGGAGAGAAGCCCUUUCAGUGCAGUGUGUGUGAGAAGGUUUUCAGUUCAAAAUCAUCAAUUAUCCAACAUCAACGGCGUUAUGCCAAACAGGGAAUAGACUGAGUUGGGUUAAAGCUUCAAUCAGACAAAAACCUCCAUAAAAAUUUUAGAUAGGCCUCCUCUAUCUUAAAUCCAUCAUUUGGUUAUUCUGUCCAUGCUGGCUAUGAUUCUCCUGUCCUGCCUAUGCUCCAGAGUGUUUAAUAAACUCUCUGUUCCUACUGUGUUAUGAAACUGGUAGGGCUGGACAGAAACUAGGAAAUAACUCUAAAUAUUCAAAAAUUUGGAAGGAUUGGUCAGACAAUAGGAUAGAUGUUAGGAGGAUAUCUCGAGACACACUUCUAGUCUGAGAACCUAGGCCCCGGGUGUCAAUGCACUUUAAAUAACUGGAGGCUGCAACAGGAAGGAAAAGCCAAAAUUAUAUCAGAGCAGCACUGGUUUUUUUAGAACAGUUUUGAUAGCUGUUAGUCCCUCUCUCUCGGAGCUUUUGGGGCACUGACCUUGCUUCGUGUCCCAACUUUUAGAUCUCUUAAUACCACUACUGCUAAUAGCUGGCACUUACUGUGUGCUUAUU